UUUCGGAUCGGGGUCGGAGUCCCUCUUAAGGAUCUGGAGUCAGGAGAAGCUGUAGUUAACACUGGUUAAGAGGCAGUGGAUCAGAGUGUCUGUCUCGCUGAAAGAUUAAAAUGCCGUGCUUUGGGGAUUCUUGUUGGCGUCUUUCGCCGCAGUUGUUACUUCUGUUCCUUAUCUUUCCCGUCGGUGGAAAAGCACAGUGUGAAAAACCCACCCUGCCGGCGGGCCUGGGUCUGUCUGAGGAGAGCCUGAGCAGCGACAGCUUCCCCGACGGAAGCACCGCGAAGCUCGUCUGCAGCCUGGGCUACGUGAGGGCGGGCGGCUCCAGCGACAUCACCUGCGCAGCUGGGCAGUGGAGCUCACCGAAACUCCUCUGUGAAAAAAAAUCAUGUGGUUCUCCCGGAGAAAUUACUCACGGGAGGUUUGAUAUGGACGAAGGGAUUGAUUUUGGCGCAACAGUUCGUGCUUUUUGUGACGAGGGCUAUGAGCUUGUGGGCCCAUCGUACAGACAGUGUUUUGACUUCGGAUGGACGAACCGUGUUCCUCUGUGUGAGGCUGUGCGGUGUGAAGGCCCUCCUGAGAUUCCCAAUGGAAGGAUCCUGAACCCUCCUGAGGCCGGGUUCACGCUCUACAGAGAUGUGAUAGAGUACGCCUGCAAUAAGGGCUACAGCCCCUCGGGCCCGCUGCAGGUGUACUGCGGUGCAGAGAAGACGUACGUGCCUUCACCACCGAGCUGCACAGUUGUCUCCUGUCCGGUUCCUAACAUUCCCCACGCUGUUCGCAAGGAAGGACCACCUCCGCCCUAUUCACCCAAAAACUACGUGGUCUAUGCAUGUGAUCAAGGUUAUGACUUUGAGGGCGAUAAGGAAAAGAAACUGGUCUGUUUGGACAGUGGCAGUUGGUCACCUAGUGUUCCAGAAUGCAAAAAAAUUGUAGUACCCACAAGAAGUACGACUACCACUGCGUCUACCACUGCGACUACCACUACAACUACCACCGCAAGUGCUGUUCCAGCUACAGAGCCACCACAUUCUGGAACUGGACUCUUAUCUUACGGCUUAGGUUUUGGGAUACCUAUACUCCUAUUGAUGGUUGCUGUAGCCGCGUGUUGCCUGAUGAAAGAGAAGAAGAAGGGCCACUACACCACAGGUGAAUGUGCCCUGGACCCUACUGACACCCAAGAAAUGAUAAGCUCAAAAAAAUCCAAUGCCUGCUGAAGCGCGAAGAGCCUUAAUCGGACUGUUCCUGUACAUUAGAGUGCCUGUCCCGAUGUCCUCCCUCAGGGGCGAUGAUUCUGCGCUUCUUUCCAACCCGUCUGCCACACUGGCCACCUCUGGCUCAGCAGUCUGCUGUGGAACACCAGGUGGCUCAGAACAUAUGCAAAUAAUAUGUGUUUAUGUAAAGGAAGACUUUUUCCCCCUGUCUAAUCUAAAAAUGCUCCUGCAGCCAAGUAUUGAAAUAUCCCACUGCAGCACGUACAGAGAGAGCAGCCGUGAAAGACUGCUUCUGCUGGGGCGAGAGGCUGCUGAGGGCCGGGAGCCCCUGAGUCUCGCUUGGCGUUUCCUGUAAGCUUUGCAUGUUUCUGAAGCCUGGCUGAUGUCCAUAAGUAAAGGGAACAAAGGCGCCUUUUGCUGAGGUUUUGGAUUUGCACUCUCCCUGUUAUAUAUGCUGCAGUAGUGCGGGGAUCUCAGAACACUCAGAAGAACUUCUUUUAAAUACUUGUGCUGUUGUGUAUAUUUUGCCAUCAAAUUCCCUCCAGCCUUUGACGUUCAUUAGCCUCUGUUACUAGUCCUUGCCUCUGACAUGAAGGUUUUCUUUUUGUGUAUAUAUCUUAGAAAAAUAGUUCAUUGCACUUACUGGUUUGCUUUUUAAAAUGUAAAAACAUGUUUUGUUUAAAUUGAUCAUAACGUAAAAGAUCACUUUCAGAUAAACGUGAGAUGUAUUUUGUUAACUUGCCUCAAAUUUCUGUUAGUGGUCUUUGACCAGUGAAUGUAAAUUUAUUCAUAAGCAGAAUGAAUUUAUUUUUCAAUAAAGAGUUCUUUGAAGGGUGGCCUUGAAAAAUAGACACUUGAGUCAUAUCCAGAGUAAUGGAAAGUGGGUGUGAAGUUUGGCUCUGCAUUGCAUACACAGCCUGGCUGAACUGCAUGAGGAAGCAGGAUUUUUACAUGGAUCUGAAGCUGUGCCUGUGCAGCCCUGUGCAGCCCUGUGCAGCCCUGUGCAGCCCUGUGCAGCC